UUGUUAUUCAUGUAAACUUGGAAAAUUACUCUUAAACAGCCUCAUACCUCAAAGAACCCUGAAAUGGGAGGUCCCGCGUCCUCCCCUCCGCCCAGUUUCUGGUUCCCACUACCGGGAAGGCUGUCCAGGGGCGUGCGCUCUUGUUUGCAGCUCCCAAAAAUACUCUGAGGGGCGGGGGGCAGAGAGAGUGAGACAGCUAGACAGGAAGACAGAUCCAGAUCGAUGAGAUUGAAGUAAAGAACCGCCAUCGAGCUUUGAGGCAGCAUUUUAUUUUUUUUCUUCCACCCCUCCAUCCUCAUUACGCAUACCGAUCCCCCCGUCUCUCCAAUACGAGAAGAUGCCCAAAUCCUCACAGUGCGUAUCCCCCCGGUCCUCCCAGUGGAUGGCAUCUUUGACCAUUCUGUUGCUGCAGAUUGUGCUUUCUUCCUCGUACUCUUCCUCCUCUGCGUAUCAGAGACCUGCGGCUGGCGGGAAGCGACCGGGCUUCUUGGGAAGAACGCUGAUUCUUCUGGAUGUCAACACCCGCAGUCCGAUCAGAAUCCUCAACGACAACUUCCUCUCGUUGCAGCUGGACCCCUCGAUCAUCAAAGACGGUUGGCUGGACUUUCUAAGCUCGAAGCGGCUCGUCACCCUGGCGCGCGGCCUGUCGCCUGCUUUUCUUCGCUUUGGCGGAAAGAGAACCGACUUCCUGCAGUUCAACAACCAGAAGAACCUCGCCAAGUUCAGAGGACCUGGGCCGGACUAUUAUCUGAAGAACUACGAGGACGACAUAGUGCGCAGUGACAUUGCCCUGGACAAACAGAAGGGCUGCAAACUGGCCAACCAUCCUGACAUAAUGUUGGAGCUGCAGAGGGAGAAGGCGGCGUCCACGCAGCUCGUCCUGCUGAAAGAGCAGCUGUCCAACAUCUACAGUAACAUAACAAUAACAGCCAGGUCUUUAGACAAACUCUACAACUUUGCCGACUGUGCUGGUCUGCACCUGAUCCUGGGUCUCAACGCGCUGCACCGAAACCCCGACAACUCCUGGAACACCACCUCCACCCUCAGCCUCCUCAAAUACAGCGCUGGCAAGAAGUACAACAUGUCCUGGGAGCUGGGCAAUGAGCCGAACGCCUACCGCAGCAUGAAGGGCCGUGCAGUCAACAGCACACAGCUGGCUCAAGACUACACCAAACUACGAAACCUGCUGCAGUCCGUGCGGUAUUACCAUCGAGCUCACCUCUUCGGCCCCAACGCAGGGCGACCCCGGAAGAAUGCCAUCCUGCUGCUGGACGGGUUCCUGAAGAAUGCCGGCUCUGUCGUAGAUGCAGUUACGUGGCAACAUUAUUUUGUAGAUGGCAGAGUGAACAAAGCUGAGGAUUUCCUAAAAACCCGCCUGCUGGACACGCUAACAGAGCAGAUUAAUAAAGUCACCCAGGUGGUAAACACACACUCUCCGGGUAAGAAAGUGUGGCUGGGUGGACUGGGGCCAGCGUGGUCAGGAGGCAUUAAUAAUCUCUCUAGCACAUAUGCAGCCAGCUUUCUCUGGAUGAACACGCUCGGCGUUGCUGCUGUGCAGGGAGUUGAUGUUGUUUUGCGUCACUCCUUCUUCGACUAUGGCUACUCUCACCUUGUGGACCAGCAUUUUAACCCUUUACCGGAUUAUUGGUUUUCUCUGGUCUUCAAGCAGCUGGUUGGUCCAAAAGUUUUAGCUGUCCGUGUGGCGGGACUGCAGAGGAAGCCGCAACCAGGACGAGUCAUACGCGACAAGCUACGGAUCUACGCCCAUUGCACCAGCUACCACAAUCACAACUAUGUGAGGGGGUCGAUAACAAUUUACAUCAUCAACUUGCAUCGGUCGAGAAAGAAAAUCAAGUUGGCUGGAACGUUACGGAACAAAACGGUGCAUCAGUACCUUCUGCAGCCCUACGGUCCAGAUGGGCUCCGAGCCAGACAUGUCCAGUUGAACGGAGUGAAGCUCCACAUGCAGGACAGUGAGACGUUCCCAGAACUGAAGCCUAAAACUCUGAGGGCCGGACGAACUAUAGCGAUGCCUCCUUUGACCAUAGGCUUUUACGUGAUCAAAAACAUCAACGCGUAUGCUUGUCGACGAUAACAGCCGCCUCCUGUUCUUGAUGCGUCGACCCUCCGCCAUCUUGACUGGAAACUUAAAAGAAAACAGGACAAUUCUGGGAACUUCUUACAAAGAAAGCAAACCCAGAGAGACACUUGGAUAAAUACCAGCCCGUUUCCACAGAUAUGAUCUGCCAUGAUGGGAAUGUUCAAAUCAUUUCACCAAGUUAUAAAUAAACCCUCGCUUUCUUCUGUACCAACAAAAACAUGUACUGGCGUUAAAAUGAAGGCUUGUACUUUUUAUUUCUUUUCCAACGCAGUUCCUCGCCCAGACAUGAGGGCAGGAAUUAUAUGAGACUUUUGUGUUUCCAGACAUCCAGAGGAAAAAAAAAGUACAUUGCUUAGCCCGAUUUCGGGAGCGAUUUCAUUGGUUUGCUCCUGUGUGUGUGUGUUGAUGAAGCUACUGAUGUCACUGAAUGACAUAUUUCCUUCCUUUGCCAUUUAAAAAACUUCAAUCAAACGUUUACUUCUUGUAAAGCUCUUUAUGUUUGUACCUGAGCGCUUUUGUGUCGUUUUUGUUGAUCUGUAGAACUUGCAGCCCGUGUGUUGUGAUAUACUUGCAUUGCAGUCAUACCAAACUGCAGGAGUACAAUGUGAACGCCCCUCCACAAAAAAAUGGGGUCUGUAUUUAUGAUCAAAAAUGUCCUAAAUCCCAAUUUUCAGGUGUUUCUCUGUGGUUUUAGAUUUUAUAUCCUUUUGAUGCUGCUAGGUCUCUUGUAAAAAGAAACAUUUUAUAUUUUAGUUUUGUACAGAUUUACUGUUAAAUAUUUAGCUAAUGUAUAUAAAGAGUGAUAAAAGAUUUAAGUUUGCUAAGUUACAUUCAGUAUACUUUUAAUUUAUAUAAGAAAAUACUUUAUAGGCUUAUAAUAAACUCUAUUAUUGGUACUAAUUUCUCAAUUCUUCAGUGAACUGUAAGAAUGUAUUUUAAUGGGACAAUUAAAAAGUUUAUAUUUCAUAAUAUUUUGAGUAUCUCAUUUAAGAGAACUUUUUUUUUUACUUUCAGACCACAAUCUGCUCAUUUUGUGUUCUGAGCUACAUGAUAAAUGCAAAGAAUUUUCCUCUGAAUUAUGUUUUUUUUACUUAAUAUUGCAGGUGUUUAUAUUUUUUAGGGCACAUUAUUUUAAUAUGAAAAGUCUGUAUUAUUUUGAAAGGUUUACAUUGAUAUAAAAUAUUUACAAAUACCUCACGGCUUCUUUUUCUUAAUUUCUGGUGUAUUUGCAGCAAAUAAAGUGGAAAAUAAAUGGGGUAAAAAGUGCCAC